AUGGCUCUCCUACUACCGUUCAUCCUCUGGGCAGUAGCCGCCGCUGCGCAGGGUGUCUUCGAUUUCCCUGAGUACCCCCCAGCUGGAACGCCCGACCCCAACUCGACGCUCGCGAACGGGGCAGCUCCGUAUCCCUAUAAUGUGUAUGAAGACCCUGGUCUAGCUCAGGCCCGCAUCCACUAUGACACGGGCUCUUAUGGCCCGACGCUGGAGCUCGUCCAUGCUUACUACAAUUACUGGCCUACAGGUGUCGGUGUAGCCAGUGACGGGUCAAUUUUCACGACCUUCUCCCGAGGCAACGAGUCGUACACCUUGGCCACCUUCACCAGCACUACAACGGAAGAGGCUUGGCCGAACCAAGAGUGGAACACGCCUGCUGCUUUCGCGAACGAGAGCAACCCUGGCUAUAGCAUCGCGACUGACAAGCUCUUGCUCGUCCAAGCUGUCGUCGUUGACGGUCUCGACCGCGUGUGGGCGCUUGACACGGGUCGCCCAGAGGUGAACGGGUCAUACCUGCUCGCGCAGGUCCCUGGCGGCCCCAAGAUUGUCGGUUUCUACCUCAACGGGACGAACUUUGCGACGUACACGUUCCCCGCGAACGUUGUCUACGCCGACUCAUCUAUCAAUGACAUCCGGCUCGACCUUCGUGGGGAGGGCUAUGCGUAUAUUCCGGAUAGCUCCCCAAAUAGGCCUGGUAUAAUCGUGCUCAACCUUGCCACUGGAGAGUCGUGGAGGCACCUUGACGGCCAUCCGUCUGUCACACCAGAUAAUGGCUUCGUGCCCGUAUAUGAUGGAGUACCGUUCUAUCUCUACCCUGUGACAUCGCCCUACGCGGUCAAUAACUUCGGUUUGUACGCCGCUGACGGUAUCGCGCUGUCCCCCGACGGAGAAUACAUCUACUUCGCGCCGCUCGCGAGCCGUCAAUUCUGGCGUAUCCCCACAUCGUACCUCAAAGUUAAACCGGGACCAGACUACCCCAGCGCGUACAUGCUCGCGAAGCGGGCUGUCGAGCACCUCGGCGAGAGCGGGAGCAAUGCGGACGGGAUGGAGACGGACAGCUCGGGAUACAUCUACGCUGGAGCGCCUGAGCAUAAUGCCGUGACGAGGUACAAUCCGGCGACGGGUCUUGUCGAGCCGUUCGUCCGCGAUCCAGCCAUCCAGUGGCCGGAUACUUUGGCAGUUGCCACCUUGCAGAGCGGCGGCAGCUACGUGUACUUCACCUGCAACCAGCUCUGGCUCGGGCCCAACUACCAGAACGGGACCGACCUGCGCACGAAGCCGUGGGCGAUGUUCAGGGCCCCCAUCGAAGCCCAGAAGGCGACGCAAUUGGACUGA